AUGGCCACUCGUGAAAGUAAAGCCAUUUCUAAAUCUCUUCUUUCAUCCAAAUCACAUCAACCAGUGGAGUUGGAUCAUGAUGAAAUUACGAAAGUGAAUUCGGAAUUGAAUACACCUGAAUAUUGGAGGAAACAUGUCAAAUUUUCAUUACAAACACCAGUGGAUGAUUUUAUACAAGGCUCCAUGUUAGAAUUUCAUAUUCCAUUUCCUAGUUACUGGGAAUCAAUGAAUGAUUUCUCCACACGAACAGUUCCUGUGACACCAAACUCGACCGAAUAUAGAAAUGUGAAACAAUGGAUGAAUUCUACCAUUCAAAAACACAAAGGAAAUGUAGGAGGAGAGUUUUCGCAUUAUCUCAAAAGCUCCAUUACAAGAAUUCAAAAUGCCAAGCUCUAUCUCAAAUACUUUUUGAAACAACAAGAAUAUGCUCAUGAAAAGAAGGACAUUGAAUUGUAUUUAUUUCAUGGAUGUCCUGAAUCGGUGGUUGACACCAUCAUUGAGAAGGGUUUCGAUCCAAGAAAAUCAAAAUUUGAUGGAAUGUUUGGGUUGGGUGUGUAUUUGGCAGAUUUGAGUUCAAAAUCGAAUCAGUACUCGAAAUGCAAAUUGCAUGACAGUGCCUCUUGUAAGGUGUGUGAGAAGAAAUUAUUUUUAUGUCGAGCAUUGAUUGGAGAUCCUUAUUUUACAAAGGUGGCCAUGCGAUAUGCCAAGGAGCCACCACUGAAUAAGGAUUCUGUGAUUGCUCUUUCGAGAAAAGAUGUUCCUGAUAGUGCUGUUGAAUAUAGAGAAUAUAUUUUCUAUGAUAAGGAUGUGGUCUAUCCUGAAUAUGUCAUUUCGUAUCAAUUACAGUAG